AUGCUGAAAUCAAAUGACUCGUUGUUUUCCUUGGAUACUUUGUUUUUUGAAAAACCAGGUGAAGCUAAAAACUAUCCAGACACUGAAAAAUCAUUGGAUUGGUUUCUCCCACCUGCUCCAUUGAUUUCAGAAAUUCCAGAUACUCAGGCAUUGGAGGAGGAAAUAGGAAGUCAUAAACUGUUAGGUCAGGAAGAGAAGCCAAAAAUGUUACCAUCAAAUUUAAAGAUAACUAAUGAAAACACAAAUUAUAUUUCACCAACACAAAAAAUCCAGUUUGCCUUUUCCUUAAAUAAAUAUGAAGCAGGUGAUCUGAAUUUAGGAGGAGCAGGUAACAAUGACUUAGCACAUGUUCCUGGCAAGCUGACAUAUGGUAUUUCUGAGAAAUACAAAAAUCACGUUAGCACUGAAAUAAUACCUGAGAAAAGUGUUCCAGAUAAUACAAAAUUAUUUAAUUUUGCAGAAGGUAAAGGAGAGAGCACAUCAGCCUUCCGAAAAAGAUUGUUUAAAAUAUCUGAUAAUAUACAUGAGGGUGUUAACUCUAAUGACAGUACAAACUUGGACUCUCCUAUUGGCUCAGUGAAAGUUGCCCCAACAGAAAUGAACAAAGGGGAAUUAUGGAAAUGUAGCAGUAGUAAACAGAAACGUCAAUAUUCAGACAUUAACAUGUUUACAGCAAGCAGUACUCUUUCUGCUUCUGAAAUCAGGGAAGAGAUAUUCAAAGCACCAACUUUUGCAGUUGCAUCCCAGCCUCAUGAAGUUCAAGGAGUAACAGAAAAUGAUAUAGAUUCCUUGAAGGCUGUCACAGAAAUCCCGGCAAAAUUUAGAAGUGUGUUCAAGGAAUUCCCAUAUUUCAACUAUAUACAAUCCAAAGCCUUUGAUGAUCUUCUUUACACAGAUAGGAAUUUUGUGAUUUGUGCUCCAACUGGUUCUGGGAAAACUGUAGUGUUUGAACUAGCUAUAACAAGAUUAUUAAUGGAAGUCCCAUUGCCAUGGUCAAAUAUUAAAAUUGUUUACAUGGCACCAAUAAAAGCCCUGUGUAGUCAGCGUUUUGAUGAUUGGAAAGAAAAAUUUGGACCAAUAGGAUUGAAUUGUAAAGAACUCACUGGAGAUACAGUAAUGGAUGACCUAUUUGAGAUUCAGCAUGCCCAUAUUAUUAUGACAACUCCAGAAAAAUGGGAUAGCAUGACUAGAAAAUGGAGAGACAACUCUUUGGUCAAGCUGGUUAGACUCUUUCUCAUUGAUGAGGUACAUGUUAUAAAAGAUGAAAAUCGUGGACCAACUCUUGAAGUUGUAGUUAGCAGAAUGAAAACUGUACAGUCUUUAUCUCCUGCUUCUGAAAAUAGCGGCAUAAUUAUUCCAAUGAGAUUUAUAGCUGUAUCUGCAACAAUUCCAAAUGCUGAGGAUAUUGCAGAAUGGCUUUCAGAUGGUGAAAGACCUGCGGUAUGCCUGAAAAUGGAUGAGAGACAUAGGCCGGUGAAACUUCGGAAAGUGGUUCUUGGAUUCCCCUGCAGAAGUAACCAAACUGAAUUUAAGUUUGAUUUAACCCUCAACUACAAAAUUGCCAGUGUUAUACAAACAUACUCUGAUCAGAAACCCACACUUGUGUUUUGUGCAACAAGGAAAGGUGUACAACAGGCUGCUUCUGUUCUUGUGAAAGAUGCUAAAUUUAUCAUGGCUGUGGAACAGAAACAGAGGUUACAGAAGUGUGCAUAUUCCAUAAGAGAUUUGAAACUGAGAGAUAUCUUAAUACAUGGUGUUGCUUAUCAUCAUGCUGGUAUGGAGCUGUCAGAUAGAAAAGUAGUUGAAGGAGCUUUCACUGUUGGAGAUCUACCAGUUCUUUUUACUACCAGUACUUUAGCUAUGGGAGUAAAUUUGCCUGCUCACCUAGUAGUUAUAAAAUCUACGAUGCAUUAUGCUGGAGGAAUGUUUGAAGAGUACAGUGAAACAGAUAUUCUGCAGAUGAUUGGUAGAGCUGGUCGACCUCAAUUUGACACUACAGCUACUGCAGUUAUUAUGACUCGGUUAAGUACAAAAGAGAAAUAUAUUCAGAUGUUAGCUUGUAGUGACACUAUAGAAAGCAGUUUACACAGACAUCUUAUUGAACAUUUAAAUGCAGAGAUAGUGUUACAUACCAUCACAGAUGUGAAUAUUGCUUUGGAAUGGAUACGAUCAACUUUGCUUUAUAUCAGAGCCUUGAAAAAUCCAUCUCAUUAUGGUUUUGCAUCUGGAUUGAACAAAGAUGGAAUUGAAGCAAAAUUACAAGAAUUAUGUUUGAAGAAUCUGAAUGAUUUAUCAUCUCUGGACUUGAUAAGGAUGGAUGAAGAUGUUAAUUUCAAACCAACUGAGGCAGGAAGAUUGAUGGCUUGGUAUUACAUUACAUUUGAGACAGUGAAGAAAUUUUGUACUAUCAGUGGAAAGGAGACUUUAUUAGAUCUGGUCACAAUGAUAGCCAGCUGCAAGGAAUUUGUAGAUGUGCAGUUAAGGAUAAAUGAAAAGAAAACACUGAAUACUUUGAACAAAGAUCCAAAUCGGGUAACAAUCAGAUUUCCAAUGGAAGGAAGAAUUAAAACAAGAGAAAUGAAAGUAAAUUGGUUUAUAUUUCUUGGUAUAACAUUGUCAAAUGCAAUGGUAAAUGCAGGUUUGACCUCCUUUAAAAAAAUAGAAGAAACAGAUGCAAGGGAACUUGAACUGAUUUUAAAUAGACACCCCCCUUUUGGAACGCAAAUAAAAGAAACAGUGAUGUAUCUGCCAAAAUAUGAACUUGAAGUGGAACAGAUUGCAAGAUAUAGUGACACCAUGGCAGAAAUAUUAGUGACCAUUACAUUAAGAAAUUUUGAACAGCUACAAACUAAAAGAACAGCACCAGAUUCUCACUAUGUUACCUUAAUCAUAGGUGAUGCAGAUAAUCAGCUGGUUUUUAAGCACAGAAUUAUGGAUUCUGUUUUGCUAAAAGCUGGAAAUUGGACUAAAAAGAUUGAUGUGAAGAGAGCUUUUAAUUCUGAAGAUCUCAGCAUAAAUCUAAUUAGUUCUGAAUAUGUUGGACUCGAUAUUCAGCAGAAAUUUACAGUCUUUUACUUAGGACCGAAGAGGCUUGAAAAUCAAAUAGUAAUGCGAAAAAAAUCAGAAACAGAGAUUUCCCAUUCUAAACAUUCAAAUAGAUCUACGAUAGCAGGACCCAAUAAAGGAAUGACUGCUUGCAAAAAACCUGGGAAUCGAGAAUGUAAUCAUCACUGUAAAAAUAAACAUACAUGUGGACAUGACUGCUGUAAAACUGGAGUUGCACAGAGGUCAGAGAUGAAAGAGCCAACAAUCUCUUCAUAUUUAUCUGAUUUAAGAAACAGGAAUGCUGUUUUAUCACUUCCUCCUGUUAAACGUCUCAAGAUGCAAAUGAAUAAGUCUCAAAGUGUGGACCUUAAAGAAUUUUGUUUUACUCCAAAACCUUCUCUCCCCAGUAUAUCAAGGUCAGAGUGUUUAAACAUACCUGAAUUGUCUCUAAUGGAGCAGAGGGAUCAACAUGAAAUCUGUGCGGAAGUUCAACAAGAACCAUCAGAAUAUCAAGAUAAAGAAGUUUUGAAUGUGAACUUUGAAUUGGGAGAUGAAGUUUGGGAUGAUUUUGAUGAUGAGAACUUAUUAGAAGUUACCAGUUUUUCAGCCAGUACUGAGAAGACAAAAACAUCAGGAUUUGGAAACACUUUGAGUUCAAGUAUCAAAGGAAAUAAGCUAUUCCUCCAGGAGUCAAAGAGCAAAUUCCAAGGAGAAAUGGCAAAAAGUUUUGUUUCAUUGCCUGAGAAGCCAGAUGUUUAUUUAUCAAAUUCUCCUGUGUUCAAGUUUGAUGCAUCCUCCAUGAAAAAAUCACCUCAACAAGCUGGAAAUGCAAAUACUGUCCAUUUACAAGAAAGAGAACAACAAAGCCUGUCACCAGAAAUUGAAAAGCUGUGCUUUACUCACUCUGAAAAAAUACCAAAUUCUUCACAUUUUGUUAAGAAAGUGGAUUUCUUUAUUAGAAACAGUGAAUGUAAAGAGGAAGUUGAUAUCAGUAGGUAUCAUCCCGAUGAUGAAGCUGAUGAAAUGAAGUCCUUUCUGGGAAUAUUUGAUGGUAUUUUCUAAAAGAAACCAAAAAAUUCAUCUCCUACUAAUAAGAUAAGGUAUAUAGACACCCAAUUACAAAGCAUGCAUUUUAUUUUUUUAAAGUAGUUCAUAAUUGUUCAAAU